AUGGCCAGCAUAUUCUCGUAUCAGAGCUCCGAGGUCGAUUGGUGUGAAAGCAACUUCCAGCACUCAAAUCUGGUAGCUGAGUUCUACAACACGACCAGCAAUGUCUCCUUUUUCAUCAUUGGGCCUCUCAUGAUGUACCUCUUGCAUCCUUAUGCCCAGAAACGUUCUCUCAUCGUGCAACUACCCUGGGUCCUCUUCAUAUUAGUAGGUCUGUUCUCUGUGUAUUUCCACAUGACGCUGAGUUUCUUGGGGCAGAUCCUGGAUGAGUUGGCCAUCCUCUGGCUGCUGGCAACGUGCUAUUGUAUCUGGUUCCCUCGCUGCUACUUUCCUGCUUUCUUGAAGAAUGACAGGUCACACUUCACUUGCAUGGUCCUGUGUAUCACCAUCUCCAUCACCUUCCUGGCUUUCCUAAAGCCAAUUGUCAAUGCCUACGUGCUCAACUCCAUCGCACUGCACAUUUGCUACUUUGUGAGAAAAGAGUAUAAGAAGAAAUACACCAAAGUGAAUCAUAUGAUCACGGUGUCUGUGAUGUGGUGGUUGUUGGCUGUGUCCACCUGGAUAUGUGACCGGCUGUUCUGCAGUUUCUGGCAACGGAUCAGUUUUGCCUACUUGCACAGCUUCUGGCACAUCUUUAUCAGCAUGGUGUUCCCGUACGUAGUGGAUACCUUAGUCCUUCUGGAAGGCCGGUAUGAAAUGCAGGAUAACUCUCUGGAAAUCCACUACUGGCCUCGGGAUGAAUGGCUUGUGGGGUUGCCCUAUGUGACCUUAGUGGGCAAGAAGGCCAACAGUGGGGGCAAGAACUGCUGAUGAACCCAGGACUUGGACCAGCAGGGCACCUGAUUGCAGCAUCACAGG